AUGUAUGCACAGUUUGGGCCUUUUCUGUCAUAUGAUCAGGGAACUCGAAAGUUACGAGAUUUCAAUAUCAAGGAGACUGCUGGAGACUCAAAUGUGGCAAUUAAAGAGACCUAUAAUGUCAGUGAGACUGAAAACGUCCUUGACGUGCAUCUUUUUUGGGCUGGAAAGGGAACUUUUGGCAUCCCAUCUGACUGGACACGUGGACCUUUAGUGUCAGCAAUUAGGGUUACUCCUGAAUUCAAGGCAACUAUCGGCAUCGAAAGUUCCAGUAACAACAACCGAAGAACCACUGGAAUUAUUAUUGGAGUUAUUGUUGGGGUUGGCGUUCUACUAUGCUUAUUCUUAGUGCUUGUAAGAAAAAGGAGAAGGAAUAGAAAAUUUUCUUCAGGCUAUGACAGCGAAGAUUUCAAGAAUAUGGCUGGAAAAGCUCAUCUUUUCAGUUUAUCAGAAAUGAAAAUAGCAACAAAAGAUUUCGAUAUUGAAAAUAAAGUAGGAGAGGGCGGGUUUGGGGUGGUUUACAAGGGUGUGCUACAAAAUGGAAAUCUUGUGGCAGUAAAGAAGCUGUCCUCCAUGUCUGGUCAAGGAAAACGGGAAUUUCUAAAUGAGGUGGCCACAAUAUCUGCUGUGCAACACUGGAAUCUCGUCAAACUCCAUGGGUGUUGUAUUGAAGACGAACACCGGCUCCUGGUCUUUGAAUAUAUGCCUAACAACAGUCUAGGGCAAGCUUUAUUUGGUUCUAUUCGAUCUAAGCUAAGCCUUGAUUGGCCUAUGCGGCUUAACAUUUGCCUUGAAGUUGCACGUGGGUUGGCAUAUCUUCAUGAAGAAUCGAGAAUUAGAAUUAUACAUCGAGACAUCAAACCAAAUAACAUCCUUCUAGAUGAAUAUCUAAAUCCAAAAAUAGCUGAUUUUGGAUUGGCGAGGCUCUAUGAUGCUGCGAAAAGUCACAUCAGUACGAGAGUGGCAGGAACAAUCGGAUAUCUAGCUCCAGAGUAUGCUUUACGUGGACAUCUCACGGAGAAAGCUGACGUAUUUAGCUUUGGAGUAGUUGCUCUCGAAGUUGCUAGCAACAGAAGUCAUGAAGAUAGGAACUUGCGAGAUGAGAUGGUCUAUCUUCUCGAUUUGGCCUGGCAAUUGUACGAGGAGGGGAGACUUCUAGAUUUGGUUGAUACCAGCGUUCUUUCCACUUGCUCCGGAGAAGAAGUUGUGAGAGUGAUUCACGUGGCUCUUUUAUGUACACAGGCAACUCCCACGCAACGACCUUCAAUGUCACAGGUCGUUGCCAUGCUAGGAGGGGCAAUGGAAAUUAAUCCACCACAAUGCCGCCCUGGAUAUAUCAAAGACUGGCAGCUUACAGGACAGAAUGGCAACACUACAAGCAGGGGAGAUGGAAAAUCGUGGACAUGGAGCAUGAGCCUGACAAUGGAGAGUAGAUCAGAAAACUUGUAACAUAAAUAAAAUUCAACAACCCUGAUCUGCAUAUCUGUAGUUGGCUUUGGAGUAGCUUAGUUUGGAAGUUUGUUCUGCUGUUACUUGGUAGUUAGGUUACAGAUAGGGCAGCUCUUCAUGUGUCUGUUUAGCUUAUUUUGGUUGACAAUUACUGUUCAACUUUUCAAGCAGCAAUUUGUGGAGCUGCUGAGCCACACACAUUCAAUUUUGCUGCUUAUUUUUUUACAGUAAUCUUAAAAAUUGUAUUUUUAAAUGAGAUAAGUAAUAAUUAUUGGAAUUAAAAUUUGGAGAAGGAAAGAAACUGGAAGCAAAUAAGAGAAAA